GCCAACAUGCAAAUGCAAUGCCGAUGAACCGGAUGGUCACCUGCCAGAUCUCCUCAGACUUGGCGAUAAGUCUCUACUAGGUCUCGAAAAGGAAACCCUUUAAAAGCUGCAUGUCUUCAAGUAUAAAUCGACAGGGGUAUAACGGAAGCCUAGAAACAGCCAUUCAACGUCACAAAUACCGUUUAUUCCCCGGUAGAUCUGGUCGGGCGCUGCGCACCAAUCGACUGGCUCUGGCCGGCCUAGUAGAGACCAAGGCCGGAUAGGUAGUGGAGUGCACAUUCGUCAUGGACACGACGCGUAUGCUCCUGACAUCAGCGACACAUAAUCCAGCUGUAAUUACUGCUAGUAGCCCUGACAGCCGAGCGCUGAAAUGAGCCGUUAUGUCUCGGUUUCGCCACGGUUCAAGAGGCUGCUUUUCAAACAAGUGAGGUUCAUCAUUUUGCUGAUAAUGGCGGGAAGCAUCGGUCACAAACUCAUGAGCAAGGUGAAAAACCACCUUGACCCUUCGGGAUCAGAGGAUCGAUCCCAACCUCAUCCACCCUCUCAUCCCCAGCAGCAAUUCCAGCCACAGCAGCAACACCAAGCGCCGCUGAAUCCAGCGCCGGAUGGAUCGAAUUCCCACAGAUCUCACACCUGGACUCUUAGUUCUGAUGUGAUACCUCUGAAUCAGGGCGGGACGUACCCUCGUCUCUGCCGCCUCUCUGAUGGCUCCCUCCUAUGUGUAGUGACACGGAUGAUAGAGGGGAUGCAUGUCCUCAAGGUAUCGCGCAGCACAGACAAUGGACGGUCAUUCGCUCCUUACAGCGAGAUCACACGAGGGCAAGGGGAUGUCGACAACGGAUUUCUCCUGGAAGUGCCUGUCCGGGGCCAAGGGCCAACAGUGCUCGCGGCCUUCCGUAAUCACGCCAAAGGGCCGGAUGGCAAGCCAACGCACUUCCGCAUCACAGUGUGUAAAAGUACAGACGGCGGGAAAACAUGGCGCUAUGCGUCCCAGGCCGCGCAGCAGUCAGCAGCCGCAAGCAACGGCAUGGGCCUAUGGGAACCGUUCAUGCGACUUGCUACUACUCCCGACGGCGUGCCCUACGUCCAACUGACGUACUCCGGCGAGCUCGCUCAUAAUAACCAGGAGACGUUCAGCGUGGACUCAUUUGAUGGCGGUGAAACGUGGACCGGAGAGCCAAAAUGUCUGCGGUGCCAUGCGCAUACCGAGAACCUUCGCGACGGUAUGCAGGGCAUCGCGAAGACGUGGGACGCCUCGACGGGCCGCGAAGCGCUCGUAAUGGUCUUCGAGACCACGAGAAGACACCCGCAUUUCAGCCUCGAGUACGUCGUCUCGUACGACGAUGGCCGAUCCUGGGGCGACCGCGGCGUGGUGUACGUUCCGCGGGGCGAUAAGAGGAAUGCGGGGUCCCCACAGAUCGCGGCUUGUAAAGGUGGGAAAUUGGCCGUGGUGUUCAUGAGUGAUGAAGAUGUGGAAGAGAAGAAAUGGCCUCACAGGGCGGCUGUCAAAGCUGUAUUUGCGGAUGGGGUUAAUCGAGGGAAGAUUCGCUGGUCGGAACAUCCUGUCCUAGUUCACGCCGCCCCUGCACAUUGGCCCGGCGUGCUUUGUACGGCUGAGGACGAGGUUAUGGCUGUGUAUGAGCAGAACGGGAAGCCUCUAGGAAGGCUGUUACAUGUUUCAUCCUAGAUAAAUUGGAGGUUUGCUAGCAUGGGUUAUGUAUACAUCUUGAACUUAACCUUCACCUCGUCGUACUCCGUCAUUUGACAUGUGUAGUUCAUUCCUCGUUUAUAAACAAGCACCCGACGCGGGUUCAAUUUGUGUCGUUGAAGCAUAAGACGGAGU